AUGCCCUUGGCUAAUAUUGAGACCGGCCAAGCGCAGCACAGCACUGAAAAUGACGUGGAUCCGACCCUUCCAUCAGAACUCACCCUCCUGACCCUCAACUGCUGGGGCCUCCUCCAUAUAUCGGCCCUUCGCACUCCUCGCCUCGCCGAAAUAGGUAGACAUAUAGCUGCACUCGAGCCGACUCCUCACAUUGUAUGUCUCCAAGAAUGCUGGGUUCAGGACGAUUACCGUGCCAUCCGAGACGCUACGCGGGCCAUUCUACCUCAUGGAAAGUUCUAUCACAGUGGUGCGUUUGGGGGUGGUUUAGCCAUCCUAAGUCGUUGGCCUAUUGAGGAGAGUUCCAUGUUUCCUUACAAACUGAACGGACGGCCAACCGCUUUUUGGAGAGGUGAUUGGUAUGUCGGGAAGGGUGUUGCCACAGCCAAGGUGAGAUACGGACCAGGUAGAAAGGACAUCAUUGAAGUCUUCAACACACAUACUCAUGCUCCCUAUGAAAGCGAGCCUAAUGACUCGUAUCUCUGUCACCGAACCGCCCAGGCAUGGGACAUCGCCAAACUGGUCCGCGGUGCCACUGACCGUGGGCACUUGGUCGUCGCCCUUGGUGACUUCAACAUGAUCCCCCUCUCCCUCGCCUACCGCAUCAUCACAUCCGGCGCCCCCAUCCGGGAUACGUGGCGUAUCCUCCACCCUGACAGUUCCAUCGGGGCAUCGGACCAAGCCGAAGAAAAGGCUCGCGGUCUCCCCGUCCCUACAGCCGAGCACAACCUCCUUGUCAACGGAGCAGCCAGUGAUACAGUCUAUAACACGUGGAGAUGGAGCAAACAAGAGCAAAAGAAGCUCAAGCACGAUCCCUGCCCCGUGGAUCCUCAUACAAAAGACCCCCAGGGCAAACGCAUAGACUAUGUCUUCGCAUCAACAGGCGACGUCUCCGGUGGAACAGGCUGGAUAGUCAAAUCUGCUGCUGUAGAAAUUACAGGUCGCCACCCAGAGUUGAAUUGCUCCCUGUCUGAUCACUUUGGCGUCCGGGCCACUCUUCAACGGCACACUCUUUCUGGCGGUGCUGUUCAAAAGCCCACCGAACAUGACUUACAGCUUCGCUAUAAUGAAGAACAUACUUGCAGGCUCACCCUCUCCGACUAUGACGAGAUUCUCGCCUUGACGAAAAAGUAUGCUUCUCGAGAAAGGCAGCAGCGAUACUGGCGUGGUCUUCACUUUUACGCGUCUGUACUUAUUUGGAUUGGCUGCUUAGUAGCUGUGUGGUUCAGUCCGCGCAACUUUGUUUCCUUCCUCCUCAUGCUGUUAGCCAGUCUAGGCUUGGCCACAGGUGUUAUAGACGGUCUCCUGGCUUUAUUGUUCUUCUCCGGCGAGAUUCGUGGUCUCAAAGAAUUUGAAUGGGAGGUCCAAAAUGCCAGGGCCGCUGCCGUUUCACGCGGGUCAUCUUAA